ACUUCGUCAACUCCAUCCGUGGCCAAAAAUCCAGCUGCCGGCUGGUCGAAACAGGGCCAGCUCGCCAGCUCCAUUUGGGAUUGUCGCGUCGUCCUCCAGCAUGCCCAAGUCCCGCGCUAGAUGAGCCCACUUACCGCUGUUGCGACAUUGUUUUAAUGACACCCCCCGUCGCAGGCCGGAGGGACGACGGAUUCGAGCGCAUGCACGAGGGUUCCGAAGCGCUCGCCAUAAACGACACCCCGCUGCGCAGGUUCGCGACCCUCGCCGCGUACAGGCUCACCAAGUUGCUGCGGUCCCGGCUGUCGCGUGGCAGUGGCACCUGCACAUACCUCCUAGGGGGAAAACUGGUCGUCAAAACUGGCGCCUCGGUGCACCUGCAGGAGGCCGCUACCAUGCGGUGGGUGGCCGAGAACACGACUUCGGUCCCUGUGCCAAAAGUCCACUGCGCCUUUGUCCAUAAAAACCGUGCCUAUAUCGUCAUGGAGCGCGUGCGCGGAAGCAUCAUGGGCAAGGCGCUCCAGCAGCCUCCUAUCUCGGACGACGAGCAGGCGCGCAAGAGGCUGCUCCAACACCUUCGUAGCAUUGUGCAGGAGUUGCGGUCCAUCCCCCCGCCGCCUGGUAUGGUCGGCGUUCAGAGUUGCACGGGCGGUUCGCUCCACGACUGCCGCAUCCCCCGGGACUACCCCCGUUUCGGCCCGUUCAAUUCUAUCCGCGAAUUCCACUUCUGGCUCCGCGACGGCUUCGACCUGGCCAACUACCCCCACCGUGACGCCGCCGACGCGGACGACGAGGACGGGAUGUGGCGUGGCCUCAAGGAUAUGGUUGCGCUGCAAGACGGGCCCUGGCCGGCGCCGGUGUUCACGCACGGUGACCUCCACGCCGGCAACAUCCUGGUCGACAGGGACCGCGUAUCUGCCAUCAUCGACUGGGAGGGUGCAGGGUGGUAUCCCUGCUACUGGGAAUACACCCAGGCGUGGACGCUGGCCCUGAUGAACGAUGUGUGGCAGGACCUGCUCCCCGAAUUCAUGGAGCCGUAUCCCGAGGCGCUCAAGAUGGAACAGACGCGGCAGAGGUCGUGGGGGGAAUACUGAUAGGCCUCGUAUGUCAUCAUUUGCGGCACGCGGGUCGCCAUACCGUCUCUCAAGAAACUCGUACGCACCCUCCGCGAUGCCGCCUUUUGGAACAGAGGCUUGGUUAUCUGGAUAAACCCCAAGGAGCUUUGCUCUGAAAUGAAAAAGCUGGUGGACCUCUGGCUGCCUGCUACCGCGGCCCAGUUUGCAGCUUCGUGGGACCAGCACCUUCGGCUUUCGCUGGCUCCCGACGUGGCCGCACAGGGCGGUUGAUAACCCACCCGAACUGCGGGUCGUUUUUGCCGCCAUGCCCAUCCUGGCGCUUUGCGCCCACUCCCAGCGCCGAGUCGUUGGACGCCGUCUGCUCGGCCGAAAUCGUAUAAUUAUUAAUAACACAAUACCAUUUUACGUAUCCGUAAACCCCCUUUCGAGGUGGAGUCGUCACUGCCGUACUCCGUGUUCUAGUCGCUAUAUGCCCGGGUUUCGCCCAAGACCGACGCCAAGCAAAUACAAAAAUUCCU